GCGUGCGCAUCGUCGCCGCCGCUACUCAAAAGCCUGCGAGGCAGCCUCGAGCCUCUUUACGCCGUUCGCGACAUGAUUCCGCGACGUAUAAUCCCUCGGCUGCCGCUGCUGCGAGCGCUGGUCCCGCGCGCCGUGUCCUCGCCCCUUCUGCCCUUGACUUCGCGUCUUCGCACCCAACCGCUGCGCGCAUCCGUUCUCCCCUCGUCGUCGCGCUCCUUCCACAGCUCCCCCUCUCGCCUCAGCAGCCCCGAGCCAGCUGCACACGACCCCUCCACCGGCAUCCCGCCCAAUGCCAGCCUUUCGCAGCGCCUAAAGUACCUCAUCAAGUACUACGGCUGGUACGCGCUCGGCGUCUACCUCGUCCUCUCCGUCCUCGACUUUAGCAUCUCCUUCGCCGCCAUCAACAUCGUCGGCGCCGAGCAUGUCUCCCGGGCUGCCGCCGCGGUCAAGGAGUACGUGGCCAGCAUGAUCCAUUCGACACCCCCGGAACCGGGCAGGGAGGAGAUCGAGAGCACGUCGCAGCACGCUGCUGCUGGCGGGCAGGAGGGGCUCUACGCCAUGCUCGUGCUCGCGUACACCAUCCACAAGACCGUGUUCCUCCCCGUCCGGGUCGGUCUGACGGCGGGCUUCACGCCCAAGUUGGUCAACUGGCUGGGGCAGCGAGGGUGGGUCGGCAUUCGGGGCACAAGGCGCGCCGCACAGCAUAUGAGAGAGCGGUCAAAAGACAUGAGGGAGCGCAUCAACAACAACAAGCCAUGAUAUACAGGUCGCCCCUCUGUCUUCGUCCCCUCUGUCACACUUUAUCUCUGCAGCUUGCAUGAAUCCUCGACCCUCACUCGUAUUAUAAUCUGUAUCAUCGCUUAGACGAACAUUACAUGGAUUAAUGCAUACUUUGCUACCAAUGAUGGUCAAUCCAGAACACGACCAGGACGUAUUCAUACACCGGCCCAGAAAUCGCUGUCUGCAGCCAAAGUCUGCCGGACCUGUGUCGCCAUCUUUUCCUUCAUACUGCGUCGCCUGUCUCGCCGCUCUUUCUUGUAUUCCUUGAUCAGGUCGCGGGUUUCCUUGAUGUUCUCUUUG